UCGGUUGGCUCAGGUCUCUCCUUGGAGCCUCCUGCGACCACAGAAGUAGACGAGGAGGAAGACGGGAUGUCGGACAUUAUUCAAGAGGUCACAGGGCUGAUCUGGAGUCAGGAUCUGAGGGUCCAGGAGGUGAGGAGGCUGCUGCAGAGCUCCAGGCCGGUCCGAGUCAGUGUCGUUCAGCUACCAGAGGUCUCUGAUCACGAGUACAUAGAGGAGAAAGAGAACAAACUCCUGCAGUUGUGUCAGAGGACCAUGGCUCUUCCUGUUGGCCGAGGCCUCUUCACCCUCUUCUCUUAUCACCCUGUACUGACCGAACCUUUACCUGUCCCAAAACUCAACCUCACGGGCCGAGCCCCUCCUAGGAACACCAUGGUGGAUCUGAACAGCGGGAACAUUGAUGUUCCUCCCAACAUGACCAGCUGGCCCAGCUUCCACAACGGAGUAGCUGCCGGACUCAAAAUAGCCCCGGCUUCGCAGGUCAGUCUGAAACCUCAGCUGCAUCAGGCCAUGUGA